AUGCUGACUGCACUGCACAUAACGUUGCCCAAGGCGGGCACACAUCGCAACGGUUACCAGCAGCAUGAUCAGAAGCACCUUCCGAACCGAUGCCUCUUAGUGAAGGAAGCUACGUGUGAGGCGACCCUAAUCUCUACAGAGGCCUCACGCAAGUAUGCAGAUGACGCUGCAUGUGAGUUACACAACGCAGGCACUCGCUUUCGCUUUGAUCACGUCACUAUUAGUCCUCAUCACGGUAGUAUCUUCGUAGCCCAAGUAGCCCCUCUGCUGUAUGAUUUGUGCCGUAAUUUUUUUCUCACAUCGCAUCUCAGCGGCCCAGUCUCGGAAGGGAAAUCGAUGACGGGUAUCGAUACCAGCAGGUCUGGUAGCACGCAACAAAGAUGGGAUAGUGUGUCUAUGGGAUCAUACAAAGAGUUUCCGGGGAAACUACGCUCGCUGAGUCGCACAAUCUUCAUUUGCGGCAGUCAAUCCGCUACAGAUCGCCGCGCAUUGUUUCUGCAUUUGGCCAAAGCAACCGCCCAAGCACUGCUGCAGCAAACUGACGCCUCAAGUUCCCCGUCGCAAGAAAGGGGCUCGUGUGAUGUUUCAUUCUCCCUGGUAGACUUGUACCAUGCGUGGGGAGUGGGAGAUGUAUUGGACCCCAACGCCGUAUUGCAUCAUAGCGACCAGCUGGAUCGCCUCAGGCGAGAGAAGCCGCGGCGCUUAGUCAACGAGCCCAAAGGUAUCGCUUUUGUGGAACCGACACGACAGACACUUAAAGGUCGGGAUAAUGCCUCACUAAGUAUUCUUCGAGCCAUGCAACGUACUGACGCACCACGUGCGUUGCGCACGGAUGCUGAAAAGGCGGACCACGCCAUCAAGUCGACAUUGGUGCUCACUUUUACCAUUUCACGGACUUCAGGGGGUGGGGUGGCGGUAAGGCAUGGCUCUGUGCGGAAGCCCGGCGCUGAACAACAGCAGCAAGGAACCCGUUUGUUUGAGGCGAAACUUCACCUUACACUUCUUCCCGACAGCACCGCUGCAGCGCAUGGGCAGCAGGUUGCGAGGGAACUGGGGGCUCUGGCGAGCGCAUUGCAGGCCUGCGCCCAGUGGCAAGACGAAGGGAGUGCGAUGACGGCAGUGAAGCAUAGGGAUCCACUCUCAGCACCAGUCUCACCAUCGACGAAUGUGUCUUGGGCGCCGCUGCGGGAGUCACCGCUUCUUCUUUACCUGUUCGAGUCUACCAUGUACUACGCCCGUCAGACGGAACGAAGCCUGCGCCAACUGCGUCUGGCGGACGAACGGCGCCGAUUAAAUGACAGCGAGUCGAGGUCGGUGAGUGUUAACACCUCUACACAGUCUCGCAGUACGGCAAAAAGUCCGUCUACUGGUACAGCUCUCUCAGCUGAGCAUGGGUGGUGGUUGGGGGCAGAUGCCAGUUGCAGUCACGUUAUCGCCUGCAUCGCUGCGGGCAUUGGCAAAUGUCUUCUUGUUGUGUGCGUCAACUCUGGGUGGGAUCAAUAUUUCCAGGCGCGCAGCGUGUUUCUGUUUGCACAACGGGCGACAAAUCAGUUAGGGUCACUCCGCACAUUGCCGGAGUCUACGAGUGAAGAAGGGACACCGGGUUCGGUAGCAAAGCCGCGAUCUACAACAAAGAUUUGUUCACCGUACGCACGACAUCACCAAGAGCAACAGCAACACCAACAAGAGGAGAUGUUUCUCACACUUCAACAAACCUUGGAGGAAGUAGAAAACCCGUUGUGGUCGACGCCUCAACGAAGAGAAAACACGGAGCCUAGACACGUGCGGGAGGAAGAGUCCCCAAUCAGUGCCAGGGCCCCCUCAGAUGUGCCUAUACAAGAGGAAGAUGGUGAGGAUGGGAGUGAGGACGGUCGUGGUUGCAAUAACAACAAUAAAAGUUACAACUGUGUUGUUCUUGAGAACUGCUCUCCGACGUUGCUACCGAUCAGAAGAGAGACAAAUGCUGUUCGACAGCGAGGGGCAACGCAGGCAGCUUCGGCCUCACGAGGGAGUGGUCUGCAUGUCUCAUCAUCACAGAAAAACGUGUGUCAAUAUUCAGUGCAGAAGCUCUCUCCGUGCGGCGCGGCGCAGGGAAGUGGAGCAGCAGCUGUUGUUGGCGCCUUGGCGUCUAUGCAUCCAUACGCUCCACAGGAAGAUGCGGUGGAGCACGACACUAGCACGGCGUAUCUGCACACUGGAGCUGCCGCUACUACUCCUACAUUGCAACAAGGCCAGCGACCACGCAACGUCGAGGUUGUACACGCCAGUCAGGCCCUUCCGCUCGAAGGUUUGUGUAGUGGCUCGUCGCAUCUGCCCAAUGAAACGCAGUCGGGUCUGUCUCAGGGGUCUCCUAAGAAUCUAAUGAAUGUGACACCGCUACAGCAGCAAUUGCAACUCCACCAGCAGCGGGAGGUCUUCCUGCUCGGGGAAAAUGAGCGGCUUCGCGCCCUUGUUGCCAAACUUGCGUCCCAGCAGGCUGCUGCCGUGCCUGAAGAACAGCGGGCUACUGGAAUAGCGGAUGUCCGUGAUACCGUGCCCGUACAGUUGCGGGCGGUCGUGCGUUCGGUUGAACUUCAAGGGCUGCAGGAGGAGUUGGUUGCUACCACCAAAAGAGCACGAGUGCUGAGGAGGACGCUCUCGCGUUCCAUGGAAGAAAACCGCAAGAUGCGUCGUGUAAUUCAUUCUCAAUUGCGACAAUGUCUUUUUGAACUCCCGCGCGUCGUUCGCGAGGCGGUGGCAGAGCGAGGCGCCCCGUCACCCACAGUUAUGGAAGAGAAGCUGUAUCGCUUGGAGAAACUGUUGGAGAUUACUGCAGACCGCGUGAUGCGAUCGGUGCGUGAGGACGUGGGUGAAGGAGAGGAACCGAACGAUUAUGACGAUGACGAAGAAGAAAAGAACUUUGAGCCGAGACGGAGGCAGCAGCGGCACCGUUGCGUCAGAAGUGGCACCCGGACAAUGGGGGACGCUGAUCCCCAAACGAAUGACGCGGCGCGUCGGCGCCAACAGACAUUUCAGGCGCCCGUUGCCGGAAGAGUGACGCAGAACUCAGGUGUGGGCAAGGAGGUUGAUGCGCAGGUGGUGCAGUUGCUCCGAGUUGCUUAUCGUCUGUUUCUCAGCGAUACUUCACCUGGUGACAAAAAGAGUAGAGGGAUGCGAAAUGACGAUGCCGAUGAAGCCGACCUGAACGAAUUAUGCAACGAAGACAAAAAGGUCGGCAAUGCCAGUAGAGUGCGACGGAGUUUGUCGAAAAGUGUAUUGGAGAUCUUAUCGCCCCGCCAGAAGCAGGAGGAGGAUGGCGAAAGGAAGGCAGUACGUGAAGGAGCGUUUGACGAAGAGGUGUCUGGUCGCCGAACGCCUAGGCGGGACUUCUGUUGGCGGUGCCGUGUGUCUGUGUGCACACGCCAGAACGCGGUGUACGCGACCUUUUUAGAUUUGGUGCGCUCGCUUUGCGAUCGUAUCCGAGCGGACGGAACUCUUGAUCGCGGUCCGCUAGCCCCGUGCAGCGAAGCAGAGGAGACGGAGCACAAUCGUGACUACAGAGAAACAAAGCGGCGUGGACCUUUACCACUGAACUCUCGCUCCACUGAGUGGCCGGGAGACGAUUUGCCACAAAAUGGCGGGGAGUCCUUGCUGCUGCAAGCACGUCGACUGACCACCGCGUUGAAGCAGCGCACUGACACACAUGAACGUGAACAGGCGAUGGUGCAGCAACUGCAGGGUGAGUUGGACAAGGAGCGGGAGUGGCGUAGGCAGCUCCAAGACGAGUUGCUGCGACUUCGCCUUCGGGUCAACAAAUACGAAUCGAAGCUUAACUUCAUUGACGAAACGGUAAAGCCGAAGUUGUCCAGCGACAUUGUACAGUUGGAGAAGAUGAUGUCGGAGCGCAGAAAGCAACACGAUUUGGAGCGGCAGCAGCGAGCACUCUUCGUGUCUGAGGUACAGAAGCGACUUGAGCGUGUCGCUGUGGAAGCCGAUGUGAACUCUUUUCCUUAUUCGUCUUCGUGUCAUUUCUCUCCACGAGAGGAUGAGAGGUGUCAAGACGGCUCUGUAGAGUAG